CUCGUAGCAACCUGUUCACGUACUGUAGGCGUGAAAUGGACGGUCUUCGAGGACCGAUACCGCGAAUAAACGGCUCAAUGAUUCAAAUGAAUGGAGGAAACGUCUGUUGUCUGGUAGGGAAAAUUCAGAAGGCGUCUCCAAACAGAGAGCUGCUAACUGUCGUCACGAGUGACAACCAAAUCGUCAACGUCAGUUGCGGAUACGGCACGUUCGAAGUGUCUCAAGGCUACGUCGAGUUGAUUGUACUCGUCAACGCGGACGCACGUCUCACAGCUCAUUCUACCACAAGCUACGGAGAAGACUUUGAUUUGGCUUACUACAACGAGGCCGUUGUGAUCGCUCAGCAACACUCGAGCCUGUUUGGAUUAUAAAAGUACUGCAUGUUCAAGAGACUCACAUCGAGAACAUAGCUCUAGUCAUAGAAAUCAAUAUAAUUACGAACACA